CUGAUCGGAGUCCCACGCGUUGGUUGCCGCGCGCGCGGACGCGGACGCCCCGCGGACGUUCUGCGUUCGGGUACGAGUUAUUCAUACGCCGCGCCGACGGCCGUGUCUGUGGCACGCGUGGAAGGACCCACGAAAUCUCGAAUCUUCGUUGGACCUGACUCGGGACACCGAGCGCGUUUGGAAGCGCGAUCUCAAGAACCGGGGAUAAUUCUCGGGCCGCAGUUCGCGCGGACAGGUCCGGUUUGAAGCUGAGAUCCGAGGGUUCGACGCACCACGAUCAGGAAGUCGUUGUGCACACGCGGACUACGAUUUGGACGUCAAGAGUGAUGAGAGAUUCUGCGAUUGCUUCGUGAAACGCCGGACCGAGAGUGCAACGCCUUCGUUUACCAACAAAUUCAAAAGUUUGUUUACUAACGAAAGGGAUACGUGAUCGCCUAAAAACGUGCACCAUUUUUGUGCAAUAGUAAUUCUUCGAUUAGAAAAUUGAUAAUCUAAGUCAAAUAUAUUAGGGGCCGCUCGUCCAAAUUUUAUAAAUCCGAACAAAAUAGAAAUUACGACAAAGUUUUCAAGUGCAAUUACAAUAAUGUCGAAGCUAAUUGGCUUGUACGCGUGCUUUUGUUUAUUCCGGUUUGCGAGCAGCUCGACUUUGACGGCACCUCCUCUAUCGGCUCUGGUAGUUGCGUUCGAUAGUGUAUAUGAUCUAUCGCUGUUAGCUAAUACCCUGUCGGAUCAAGGGAUUGAUGCGACAGUGAUAAUACCAACGUAUGCUGCCAACAAUCUUUAUAAUAAAUUGAUCGACGUUGAAGUGUUGCAACUGGACGUCGAUAAGUCGGUGCAUGUCAACAAACGUGCAUUGGAGACGUGCGAAAAUCUCUUCACGGAUGAGGAGAUAUUGAAGAAAAUACAAGAGUUUCAGCCCACGUUCACUAUAUUUCCAGCAUUAAGACAUGACGGCUGCUUGCUCCCAUUUGCAAAGCACAUCGGAUCCAUUCCGGUAAUUUGGAUAAAGAAUUCGGAUGAGGAACUAUAUGCAUUUGAAUGCACCAGAGUUGCCCUGCCGGUGCAUACUGGCGGAUUUUGGUCGAGACUUUCAACAAGUUUCUCAGGGAGGUCCAUAUUUUCCGCAGCUAAGAACGAUUACCUAGUUCCUGCUCUACGAUUAACAGCCAAAUAUCUGCCGGACGUUAACAUCGAUUUGGAGCACCUCUACUCGGAUGUUCGACUAGUGCUUUGGGGAGCCGAUACAGUGUUACGCUCUGAUUUUGCGUCUUUAACAGAUCUACUCGUGGAGGUUGGCUGUCAUCAUUGCAGAGGCGCGCAUCCCUUACCUGAGAAUCUACAAAAAUCAUUGGUCGAAUAUAGGACGGGCACUGUCGUUGUUCUUUUAGAAGAGAGUUACGAGACGUUGAUUCGAGAACUGGCAAAGAAAUUGCCUCAAGGUAGAGAAGGUCAAGCUGUCGUUUGGAAGAGUAAGAGCGAUACGAUUGCUGCCGCACCGGAAAAUCUUUUUAUUGACGAUGACGUCGACCGACAAGAUCUCAUAGGUUACAGCCGAACCCGAGUGGUGUUGAGUCAUUGUACCGAUACGGAAUUCCUGGAAGCUGCCUUUCACAGGACGCCUCUGAUAUGUCUGCCGAGGAACGCUCACGAGUCUCGCAACACGGCUCGCGCGAUCGAGUUGGGUUUCGCGCGCUCCAUCGAGGCCGCGAACGAUCACGCCUCGGCCGUGGAGAUCGCGCGGAUAGUCCACGAGAUCCACGAGACGGUGGCUUAUCGUGAAAACGCGCGAAAGGUCUCCGUGGCGAUACGCGACAGACUGAACCCACCAUCCGACAGGCUCAUCUAUUGGCUGGGCUACGUUGCGAGGACGAAAGACGACACCGAGAAAUUUCAUAAGCCGAAAAGUCAUGCGAGCACACUUACGGAGGAUAUUCGGUUCUUCGUUGGCUUUUUGUUAGGCGUAAUCGUCGGGAUUGUCUGUACGGGCAGCGCGGUCGUCGCGCGAUAUCUCAUCGUCUCGGCUAACAAAGUGCAAACAGCGAAGGGACGAUACACGCAGUGAGCGUGCUCCAUUGAGAUUCGACUCGAUAUACGCCAUGCAUGGACAUUUCCGUAUAUGUAUAUUUAUAUAAAUGCACGUAGAAUACAGGUACAUACGAAUACAAAGGUUUUUUUACGAGCUAGGAUUUAUCUCAUAGUUAGCGAAAAGACGUUUUUGCUAUUACUAUAUUAUUAUUACGAGAAGACCUUCUCAUAAUUUGACUGACAAGACUACGAGUCUAAUGAAGUGUGAUGUAUUAUCGUGAAGAAAAUAAAUUACAGUUUGUCAAUACUGAAUUCUGUAUGUCGUUGGCACGAGCGUAUUCCCUCGUGUUUACGUUUAACGCUAAGUUCUUACAAUAUACGGACGAAUCGCGAUAU